CGAGUCGAGAACGCGGCUUGUCUUCAGUCUCGGCACCGCAUCCUCCGGCCUCGCCUCGGUCGGUUCCCCGUCCGGCGUUCCGCCAUUUUCCCGGGAUUCGGGAACGCGUCUAAUAAUUAGCAACCCUCGACACCUCGCGAGACCCCAAAAAAUAAUUUCUACCGGCGAUCAUCUCUCAUGAGCCCCCUUGAAACCGACCGCAAAGAAACGCGCAUCGCCCGGCGAAUUUCGGACAUGAACGAGUGACGACCAUUUCGGGGAUAAUGGACUGCUCUUUGCGAGCCAUCCUCAGCCUGACGCUCUUAUCGGUUUCAGUGUUCUGCUUGACUGCAGACGAGAUCGAAGCCCAGAGGAGCGGCUGGAGCCUGGAGCCGAACACGCAGUACCACAUACAGACGGAUGAGGGCCCCGAGAGGUACUUCCGGUACCAGACCCUGAACGGGCAGUACCGGAAGGAGAAGAGGCUGGAGGACGGGACCGUCAUCGGGACGGAGGGCUGGCUAGACCCCCUGGGGUAUCUCAGGAUCAAGGACUACAUCGCCGACCGCGAGGGCUUCCGGAUCCUCAAGUCUAAGACGAUAUACGUGGGCAAGGACAGGCCGAUCCAGGAUGCCGUGGCGAUCUCGAAGAACGCCCCCGCCCAGAGUGGAGUCCUGGCCAGGCCACAGCGUCCUCCGAAUCCCUUCAGACAACCGGAAAUCAGCGACGUAGCGAGUAAGAACAUCGUCACCAGCACGGCGACGUCGAGGAGGAGGAAUCCCGGCAGAUUCGCGGUGCCAAGUCCAACGACGACUUCUCCACUUCUGGAGGAUGGAUAUUCUCAGCCGAAUACUAACUACCUCGGGCCCGGGUACCGGUACCAGGGACCCUUCAGGUCGUACAGGAGGAGGCCUGCCCCGGCGCUGGUGAUGCAGCCUCCGUUUCUUGAAGACAACAGGAUCCAAGAGAGCAGGCCGAUCGCCAAGGGUGGAUACCCUGCCAGAAGGAGCCCACAAACCUUGCAGAGCGACUCGAGUCGGCGUUUCCAGGGUCUCCAGGAGCAGGGAGCCUUCCCCUCGAGGAGGGCUUCGGUGGCUUCCAGGGGCCAGGUCCGGUACCAGCCUCCCUCUACGGAGUACCCCGCCUACGAUGGGGCGCACUCCACCGCGGAUGGCUUCCAGUAUUACUUGAAGACACAUUACCACGAAGAGGAGGACAAGCCCGAAAAGAAAGUGGGCUCCUUCGGGUACGUCGACCCCUUCGGCAUUAGGAGAGUCGUCUACUACAGUGCCGACGCGCAGAAUGGAUUUCAGCAUCGGAAGAACAACAAGUUUGUGGGCUUCCAGGCCCCGCCUUAUGAUAGCUUGAGGACGAGUUCGCAUUGACGAGGUGAUCGGUGAUCAGUCUUCAUCUUCGGCAUAGCUGGAGUGCAGGCUUCGACGUCCUGCUGGAGGGACUUUUCUAGUUGGUAUCCUAUUCUCCUCGCGAAGGCGGGGCGAAGUAGAACAACCCGAAGAGUCCCUUCCGGGUCAGAUGGAUCGCGCUUGUCGGCGGUUCCUAGUGGUCCCCAGGUGGUCCGGUCGAUCUCCUCGAUCCCAUCGGUGGAUAGCUGCAUUUCGCAGCGAUCCCAUCGGCAGACAACUGCAUUUCGCUCCACGAUCACGAACUAUCGGUGGGUGCAUCGCCGGCGGCCGUCAAGGGAUCCUGGGAACCGACUCGAGCGAGCUUCUCGUAAUCUCUCCGCUUUCUCCAAAAAUCUGGAUAGCCAGGAACCGUGCCGAAAUGACGGUUCCACGAGUCACAGGGAGCCGGUUGAAAAAAAAUCUUGAGUAGCCAAAACAUUGAUCUUUGCGUUGGCUGGUAAUUUCCAGGAGCGCGUUUUCGCUCCGCCCUGAGAUUUCCAGGCCCGGCGCACCCAUCGACGGCCACGGUUGGAUUUCGCUCCACGAUCACGAAUCACCGCAAACAGCGGGCGCAUCUCUUGACCGUUACUCCGCGAGUUCCAUUCCCAAGGAACCAAAGUGGCACGCGAAGGUGUCCGAAAUACCGAAAACCGUUCGUGGGUUAUAAUCGAAACGGGCGUGCGAAGGUGCCCUUAAAAACAUCAAGGCAAAUACGUGUCCGGCCGGUAAAUCGGUAUUUCUGUGCGUGGCGUCAUCGGCGACCUCUUGUUAGGCUUAGGCGAUAGUUCUAAGCUCCCCCAGCUCUCUUCGGUCGGAAUUUGUCUCGUAAACGUCUAGUCCAGCCUCGAUACGAGACCGAGAAGAGUUCAAAAUGCCGAGCGCCGCGGCACACUCGCAAGAAGGCGACGCUUCGCCCCUAAUAAUUGCCUCCUUAACUCUAAGUUAGCGCGAGAUUGUUGCUAAUAUUAUUAAUAAAGCCGCUGGUCCCCUUAGCCGUGCCGAUCACGGCGCAUCGACGAGGUCUCCUUAGCGAAUUGGAGGCGCUGAGUCGCGGAGGAUUGACGAAAACGGGGGGAAACUUUUUCUUGGCGUUCCAUCGAUACGCCCUGGUCGCUCGGCUGUAGAAGAGACGAGCCUGUAAAUUAUUGCCUAAUUAUUAAACGAGUAAAGUCCGACGAG